AUGCAGAUGAUUUCUAAAGUCAUUCUCGGCCUCUUCCUCCUCCAAGCAACUAUCCUUGCCUCGCCAGCCUCGUCAAACCAACACGGCGAGAUAAUCUCAAACCAGGUAAGAGCCAAAGACCCCCACAAAGGCGACCCGAUCCCCGACCCCAACGAUCCGAUGAAGAAGGGAGUGGUAGCAAAGACCGAAGAUCGAAGACUGCCGGGUAGGACCCCCAAGUUUCAGACAAAUCGGACCCCGAUCAUUACCUCAACCCCCACCCUGAAGCUAUCGGCUACAGUACAUCGCCCCCAGCCUGUCUCUCUAAGAAUUCGAACUCGUUCCUGCCUCAUUUUUCAGGCCUUGUUGCUUCCUCUUGCUCCAACCUUGUUGCAGUCUCUUUCUCUCUAG